AUGCCGCCAAUGGCCAACGCUACCGUGGAAAAAAUGGAAGUCGACGAGCCAAAAAAUGCCGAAGUCAAGCCGGCACCUGAAGUUGUUAAAGAUCCGACAACGGUUGCUCUUGAAAGUAAUCUUACCAUUGAAUUCACUGUGAAGAUUUCUUUUUAGCUCUCAAAGAACAUUGCGCUUUGCUGGAUAAAGGUGAAACCCAUUUGAUCAGCCGUGUGAUUCAAGUAUUGGGUAAAACUCGCAAGAUGUUGAAUAAUGAGGUUUAUUUUUGGGCUUAUUAUUCUGGUAUCUUGUUUGAUUCAGGUCCUGCACCGUACUAUCUCUCAACAACCCAGUGCCAAUCCUCAUUUUGCCGAGAAUUUGAAUAAACAUGUCCCUUUCAACGCCCCACCGGCUCCCGCACAGCUCAUUCCUGUGCCGAUGGAAACUAAUCAGUCAAAACCUUCCAAGUUUGUUAGGAUUUUGACAGAUUUAUCAGAAAAUGGGUUAAGGUCGCCUAGAAAGUCGUUGAAGCCAACGAACAGCUCUCCAGAAUCGGAUAAUUAUUUGCAACUGCUGGUUUUGAUGUACCUCGUUGACAAGAAGAACUACAAGGAGUCGAUCGACGUUGCCAGUUCCAUUAUCAAAUCGGGUCAGUUCUUGCUACGAUGCUUGAAACAAGUGAGAAUGUUUAUAAAGGACAAACAACGGUAUUGAAGUUAGAUUUUGAAAAUCGAAAAUUGAUUUUUGUCAUUUUUUAUGAAGUUUUUGAAGAUCGUAAAGCUGUAUAUUUGAAAAGAAUACCGUGUUUAAAGUGAUUUGCAAAAUAAAAAAAUAACCGCCAGGGAAAAAUUAAAUGAUUUUAAAACGGACUUGAACAAGGUGUGAUAACCGCGGUAUAUAAAAGUUUCCACCUUUUUCGAGAUUUUCGAAUGCUCGGAUUUCAGUUGAACAACACGAUCGUCGUUCUUUGGAUCCCAUCGCCGCCAAAGCGUUCUUCUAUCUUUGCCUGGUCCACGAACGUCUUGAUUCUUUCAAAUCUUUGCAAAAGUCGUUCUGAUUUCCGUUUUUAGUUAUUUUAUGAUUUUCAGUUACUUGAACGCCAAACUUCGCUCAGCGACUCUCCGCAGAUUCCCAGAAUCCCAGGCCGUUUUGAUUUAUUCGCUCCUCCGUUGUUACCUCAUCAACAGGCAAUAUCAUUCAGCUGCCGGUCUUGUUUCGAAGGUUUUUUUUAUUUAUUUUUGAAGUUUCAGCAAUUAUUCAGAAAUUAUCAAUUGUUCCAGUUCAAGUAUCUCGUUUUUUAUCGCCAUUAUAUUGUGUGAUUCUUUCCUAAUUCUGCGAAAAACUACUGAAUGUUUGAGAAAAAUUUGAAAUCUGAGAAAAAAGCAACCUCUAAAUGGGAUCUCACCUGAACUAUGAGUUUGUAGUUCGAGUGGUCAGAGAAUUGAUUUCCUAUUCUUUUUUAAAAAUAUAUGUAUUGUCCAGGACGUAAAACUUACACUCGCACUCAUUAUUUCAAGAAGUAUUCAUAAAUAAAAUUUAUCAUUUUGAGCUUCUCAAAGCCUUCUUUUAGGUCUCUUUCCCUGAAGGCGCCAACAACAAUGAUCUUGCUCGAUACAUGUACUACCAGGGCCGCAUAAAGGCUCUCCAAUUGGACUACACUGAGGCUUCUGGAUAUUUCUUGCAGGUCCUUCAACUCCCUUUCAAAAUAUAAUUUGAAAAGAAAAAUGUUUAGGCUCAGCGAAAAGCUCCCCAAGAAGGCGCGAUCGGCUUCAAGCAAACCGUUCAGAAGUGGAUCAUUGUCAUUAAUUUGCUUCAGGUUCGUUUUUUUUUCUGCGUUUAAGGUUUUUAUUAGAAUACGUAUUCGUUUGAUGGAAAGCCUAAAUUAAAUCAAUUCAACAGGGGCUUGUUAUAAAGAAACAUUUUUUUGGCUUGAGAAAUGAGUUUUAAUAGACAAGGAGAAGAACCAGUGACUUGAAAGAUAAUAAUAGCGGAGAAUAACUUGAAAAAAAAAAUCAACUCCUCUUCGAAGUUUUUGGCUGUUCUUCCAUUGAAGAAGUUUUCUCUGGCUCAAAUUUUCCAGUGAGGCUUUUUCGUCUCGAAUUUCACUUUCCUUAAAUACGAAUGCAACUUUUCUUCUAAUUCUUUUUUUAGGGAGAAAUUCCUGAUCGACACGUUUUCCGUCAACCAAUCUUCCGCAAAUGUUUGGCUCCUUAUCUUGAACUGACCCACGGUAUUUUGAACCAGAAUUCUCGAAUUCGAAUCUUUUUCCAGCUGUUCGUUUGGGCGAUAUUGCCAAGUUCAACAGUGUUCUGCAACAGUUUAGCAAUAAUGUGAGCCAUUUUUUUCAAUAUAGUUCCAAAACUCUCAUUUUUCAGUUUGAAUCGGACGACACUCUGACGUUGAUCGUUCGUCUGCGACAAAAUGUCAUCAAGACGGCCAUCAAGCAGAUUUCCGUGGCGUAUUCGAGGAUUUACAUCAAGGACAUCGCCAAGAAGCUUCUCAUGGACAAUGAGAUCGAGACCGAGUAUAUUGUCAGUUUUGCAGAAGUUAUAAAAAGCUAUUUACUUGAAAAAUAUUUGAUUCCUAAUGUUUUUCAGUUCUUCAAUAAAGUUUUACGUUGUUUGAUGGAAAAUGCUAAAGAUUUUUAAAGCGAGUUCAAAAGCUCCUUAAUAGCUUCGAGCGAGUUUUUUGCAAAUCUGAGUGAAUUUUCCUAUUUUUCAAGAUAUUUUCGUAGCAGAUAAUUCUUUAUGUAUUAAAAGAUUAAAAAUCGCGUGAAUAGAUUGAUGGGGAAGAUGAGGAAGAAAUGUAGAAAAAAAAAUGAAAUACGUUUAAUGACCAAAAUUGUCGAAUGCGUUUCGAGACUUCACAAAUUUCACGGGUUUAAGAGCGCAAAAAAAAAACACAAGAUGAAGAUUUAAAUGUUUUAAGGUGGCCAAAGCGAUCGCCGACGGAGCCAUCGACGCCGUGAUCACUUGCGACACGAAAGACGGAGUCCGGUACAUGCAGAGCAGUGAGACGGCCGACGUCUACCGUACCACCGAGCCACAGACACAUUUCGACUCGAGAAUCAAGUUGAAUAGGCUUCAAUAUCUAUCCAAAGACUAGUUUUUCAGGUAUUGCUUGGAGCUGCACAAUCAGGCUGUGAAAGCGCUGAGAUAUCCGCCCAAGAACAAGGUUGAAGUCGAGAGCAUCGAGCAGCAGCGUGAGCGCGAGCAACAGGAGCUCGAGUUCGCCAAGGUUUCAAAGAAGGAGAAAUUCCCGGGUUUCUAAUCUUCAUCUUUCAGGAGCUGGCUGAAGAAGACGAAGAUGACUUCUAA